AUUUACGCUAAAUGGUGAGGGUAUUAUUGGAAAUUCAGGUUUUCUUCGUAUGUGAACAAUAUAGCAGGUAAGAAAUGAUCAGAAGCAGACCGCCAAAAAUGGCCAUGGCGAGUGCCCUUCAAGCAUGUCCGCGCCUAGUUCUUUGUCAUCAUAGUACAAAAGCCUUGGCCUCUAAGCGGAAUGGCUUUUGUCCAUCAAGCAGAUUGCCUGGUACUAGGGAUUUUGUUUUGAGAGGACCUCGCAGUUAUGGAAGCUUUGCCUCCACUGCUUCUAUGCUUGAAAGAAAGGCUGAGAAAAGAGAGACUGUUAUCCCUGAUCCGGACUAUAAAAUUCCCAUUGUCUUACUCGGUUUAGCGGGAGGGUUUCUUUACCAAGAAAACUUGCUUCCUGCUGCUACAUUAGGCUUACUUGGAUUACUUCUGCUAGUCCAGGCAAACAGAGUGAGGUUUGUCUUUGAUGAGGAAGCCCUGGAAGUAAGAAUUGGCGAACAACUCGAGGAGUCAGGUGAAAAUGUGUUUGUUGGCGGAAAGAACCGUUGGAACUACUCAAAUUUUGUGAACUGGGAGCUCUGGUGGCCUAAUUUUCCUAUUUUAGUGUACUUCAAGGAGACGCAGACUAAACCACAAGGACAGAUUCACUUCUUUCCAGUAAUAUUUAAUGGAAAACAGCUAUAUAAUGUCAUGCUGGAGCGAGCUGGACCUUCGAAAACCAGCAUGCCCAAAUAGUAUUGACGCGGCCAGCCAGCAUUGCUGUCAGCAGCAUCACAUUUUGUUUGGCUUGCUGAAUUUUAAUGUACAGCCUGACCUGACCUUUUAUUCUCCAAACUUGCCUGAUGAUCCUAUUGAAGAAACUUUACUU